AUGGCAGAAACCAGCUGGUCGUGCGACGCCAACGAUGCGAUCCAUAUUACCGUCGUGCAACCUGGCGAAACCAAACCAAAGACGCUCUCCACCUUCCACCCCCAGUUCACCUAUCCCAUCUUCGGGGAUGACGAACAAAUCUUUGGAUAUAGGGGUCUGGUGAUCCGGUUGCGAUUUGCGGCCCAUGACUUGCGCCCUCAUCUUCACAUUUCUUAUGAUGAGAAGUUCAAGCCGGUUGGCGACACCACAGCACUCGACCUUCUUGGCACUCUAAAGCCAUUUGUUUCGGAAGAGGCGCUCAUCAACCUGCCCGAAUACGAGAAGGCUGUCCAGGAAGAUGCCUCAGCAAAGGACUUUACACCACCGGGCAAGAUGGUCUACAGCUAUGAGGCCAAUGAAAGACAAUAUGAGAUCUGGGCUGGAUCCCUGGCGGACCCGCAAGUGCGGAUUCUGUUGGACCGAGUGCAGGUCUUGGUCUCAUUGUUCAUCGAAGCCGGAACUCCCUUGGAAACGGAUGAUCCUGAGUGGAGUCUUGAGCGAUGGACCGUUUUCUUUGUAUACGAGAAGAUUAAACCUCCAACGCCAACUGCGUCUUCGUAUUCCAUUGUAGGCUAUGCGACAACCUACCGAUACUGGUAUUAUCAACGUGACCGGUCACACACUCCCACUAUCAAGAAUGACGACUUUCCGCCAGCAGAGAUCAAGAUUUCCGAGCUACCUGCUCGUCUGCGCAUUGCCCAGUUCCUCAUCCUUCCUUCACACGCCCGCUCAGGCCACGGAACCCACCUCUAUACCACCAUCCAUGCGUUCUGCAUCGCUGAUCCCACCAUUGGGGAGUUAACAGUGGAAGAUCCUAAUGAACAAUUUGAUGCUCUCCGGGACUCCGCCGACUUCUGUCUCCUGCAGCCCGAAUUUUUGAAACACAAUGUGAACCUGAACCCGGAUCCGAACGGUGCAUACUCCAAAAAGCAACGGCCCCGUGCAGUGCCUACUGGGGUCCUAAUUCCGAGCAAGACACUGCUCGAUAUCCGUACUGCUUUCAAGAUUGAGUCUACGCAAUUCGCACACAUCCUGGAGAUGUUCCUUCUCAGUCAGAUUCCCAAGAGCCACCGUCUGGCUGGAGGCACCAACCUCGCCCGGCUAUUGAUUAAGAAGCACAAGGCAGACGAUGAGAAUGACCGACGGUACUAUUGGUGGCGCAUGCUCACCAAACAGCGUCUGUACAAGAAGCAUAAAGAACUUCUUGACGAGCUAGAGCUGCUUGAUCGUGUAGAGAAGCUAGACGAUACUGUGCGCAAUGUGGAGGAGGGCUACGAGAUCACACUGGAUGCUCUAGAGGGUCGCCUGUCCGAACCGGAGGGUGAAGACGCCGCUCCUAGUGGCAGUCGCCGCCAGAAGCGGAAGCUUGCCGUUGAGGAUGAUGAUGACGAGGAAGAAAGUGGAACCGAAUUGGCCAAGCGGCCGAAGGUUUAG